AUUCCUUUCUCGCUCUCGUUCCUUGCCGCUCAAAUCUCGCCCCUUUCCUUCUCUUCCUCCUCCACCCCAAGGCUCUGUAAUCCUUAACCCUAAUCGUACAUUUCUAUCGCCGAUUGCCCAUGUCCGAGCUCGCGGCACAGCUUGACGAGACCUCGGCUUCGGCGACUCCUACCCCGUCGAAUCCAAUCAACGGGAAGCCGGCGGUCGUUAGAAUUAAGCGGUAUAGCUCGAGGAGGCAGCAACAGAAAGAUAAGAAGAGGACGCCGCUCGCUGACCUCACCAACGCCACCUCCUCCUCUUCCCCUCGGCUCCACCUAGAGGAACGUGAGCCCGAUCCCAAAUCCGCUCUCCCUCCACCUUCGAUCCCCCCCGCCACCUCCGUCCGAGGCGCUGAAGGCGAGCAUGGAGGCACGUCUGUCGUCCCCACGUCUCCUCAGGGAGUCAAGGAGUCGUUCCUUGGUCCCGGUGGAGAUGGUGUUACUUGCGACAAAUCUGUGCAUUCUGUAGUUUAUACACGGAGUAUUCUGAGGAGUACAAAGUCUAAGGGUAAAGAACCCUGCACGACAUCCAGUUGCCCCCCGGCUGAAAAGAUUAGAACUGUCGACAGUGGAAAACUGAUGGGUGAUGCCAUCGCCAGUGGACGAAAGGCAUUUUCAGUUCCAUUUGAGAAACGCAAAAAGAGGCAGCGAUAUGUGGUGCCUGAAGCUAUCAACAAAUCCUUGUUGCCUCAGGAUUUCAUAGAGAAACAGCGGGCCUAUUUUGCUGAGGUUGAUGCUUUUGAUCUUCCUGAAGAGGCUGUUUCAGAGACUGAGCUAGAGUAGGAGCAAGAGGAUUCCAUUUCCAGUAGAAUACCAGUAUUAACCUUGACAUUUCUGUACAGUGAUUGAUGUACAGCUAAUUCAGUAUAUAAAGGUAACCAAGGGUUCUUGAUGGCAAAACCAGUUGUGUCCUCGGUGGUGUUGAGGACAACUGAUUGUAGAUUCUAAACUGAGUUUUAUAGAUUAACCAAUAUGUUGUGACCUCUGUGUGAUAUAAAUUCAUAAGUCUUCUGUC